CGGUCAAGCCACGCCCAACUACUGGAAACUCAGAUAAACCCAACUUCACAAGCAAGGAUGUUCUUUUUUGUUCUUUCCUGCCUGUUAAUUGCUCUCUUUGCAUUUGUGGACGUCUGGUACUUUGUGAGAGGGAUCAAGUUUGGUGUUGAACUUCUUUCGAAACAAAGGAAAAGAUCCUCAAAAGAUGAGAUACUUUCUGUGAGUCGAGCCAAUGGAAUGGUCCUUCCAUCUGACAUCGAUAUGUGGUGGCACAUGAACAACUCCAAGUAUUUGAGAGAGAUGGAUUUCGGAAGAAUAAAGUUUUUUUCUGAUAAAGAUGUCCGUACGAUCUUAUCUAGACUAAAGGGACGACUUGCCUUGAGUGCAAUCAGUAUACGAUAUCGAAGGUCUUUGUUGCUUUGGCAACGGUUCACCAUUGAGACCAAGAUCUUAUGCUGGAAGAACGAUGGAUUUUAUUUGGAGCAAAGAUUUGUUGGAGAUAGUGACAAAUUUAUCUACGCAAUCGCUCUAGUCAAGAUGGUAGUUCGAGGUGAAGGAGUGAAUAUGGACGUUGUCAUGGAGAAUAUCGUAGGAGAAAGUUUUCUGAGCCCACCACUCCCUCCAGAGGUCAAAUGUUGGAUGAAUAGUAUUGCCGAGUCUAGCGAGGGAUUGAAAAAAGAGAGAACCAGAUAAAUACUUAACUGACAUUCAUUUGCCAUAUUUAUUGAUUUGAUUUUAGCCUUCUAAUUAAAUAUGCAUAUAAAUUGGCAAAAAUUAAUGAUAAUAAUUCACAUCAA